AUGACAGCACCGACUGGUAAACGUAUAUCGCGGGCAUGUCUGAGGUGCCGCCGGCGUAAGACGAAGUGCAACCUGUAUAGCUUGACCCAUGCCGAGAUAGCCCUCCCCAUUUUAUUACUGACGAAUUUUGGGUCUUCUAGUGACGGUGUUGGGGAGCCAAAAAGACCCCCGUGCGAAUCCUGUUAUCGCACCCGGAGUGAGUGCAUCUUGGUGGAAUCUCGCCGGGGCGCAGCCGCUUCCCACAAGAGAAGGCAACACACCCUCCAGACCAACCCUCUCUCUAGGCGGCAUGAGACCAUAGAUGAUAAUGGUGGCGAUGCUGGUCCAUUCGAGGGCUCAUCGCCCGACGCUCUAGGCCCUAGUCCCACAACCCCUUCUAACAACUGCUCUGCCAUGAGCGAGGACUUUGAGUCCCAGGAGACAGUGGAGGCUGGCAAUUUACACAUGGAAAUUCGGAACCCAUCAGAUGCUUUGCAAAUCCUAGCACAUGCGCGAGAUGAUCCAGACGGCCCGAGUUGUAGCGAAAAGCAGUGGCAUACAGUCGAGGCCGAUGCGCCUUCAAAUUCAAAUAUCUCCCAGAAACAACCUCAUUCGCCAUUCCCGACAAUUUCUGUGAACUCAGGGAACCGUACGAAUCCUAGGAGAAAUACUCAAGAGAAUGGUGAAGCGUCUACUAUGCUGCUGGAUGAUUACGAGCUCGUGCAGCGGGGAUUAUUACACCCCAGUGUUCUACCCGAGUUGCUCCACCUAUACGCACGCAAUUACCAUCCAUAUUGUCCUAUCGUUCCACCGUAUAUGCUGGGUCCGCAGGCUAUGACUAAAAUUCGAAGGUCGGACUACUUUCUUCUCACCGUCAUCCUCGCAGUUGCCUCACGGGAUAUGCCCGGCCAUGUUCUUGUUCAUCGAUAUUGCUGGGACCAUGCUCAGAGGCUACUUCUAGAGGUGCUAUUAGCCCACCCCUGGGCGCAAACGCCCAGGACGGUACAGGCCAUACUGCUACUUGCUGAAUGGAUUCCAUAUCAGAUCAAACAAGAUGGUACAGAAAAUCCCAAAAGCCUGCUUAGUGAGGACCGAUCCGCAUGGUCCCUCAUUGGCCUCGCUGUGCGCCAAGGUUACCUUUUGCGACUGGAUCGAGCUGCCUUUCCUUCCGCAGAAUCAUCAGGAGCCUGUGAAGCUUCUGAGAUAGAGGAAGAAAAACGUUUGAUUUGGACCUACAGACAAAUCUCUGUGCGAAUGGGACAGUCGUUCUGGUCCCGUGGCCCGUGUCUAUCUUCGAAGCUCUCGAACAAAGAUUUCCCAAAUCUCAAAUCAUUACCAGGAAAGGAAGAAGAAGAUCUUGCUUCUGCAUUACAAGCUAAAAUUGAGCUGACACAGAUCUUAUACAACGCUCAUGGGAUUCUUUAUUCAUCGACGGAGAGGACGUUGGCUAUGGUUAACGACGGAGACUAUGCAAGAUAUCUUGAUGACUUUCAGCGAUCGGCCACAGACUGGUAUACAGCAUGGACUGGAGGGAACUUCUCAUCCAACGUCAGAGCUACUCUACUCCUCUUAUAUGAGUAUGUGUGUCUAUACGUGAACGCAUUUUCAUUCCAAGCCGUGCUCACAAGAGCCUCGAGCGCAUGCUCUCAACGUCGGGACGCCGAUCCUGGCAAAGGGGUUUCGUCGGCAGCUUCAUUUUCACGGGGCCUCAUGUCCUCACCAGACGGCCCCUAUGUGUACGAGGCCAUCAGCUGUGCGAGGAAGAUUCUGGGUUUAAUCAAUCAGCUCCAUCCUAGAAAUACUCUGCGCUUCUUGCCGACGCGCUUUUAUUUGUACGGUGUGUACGCCGCUGUUUUCUUAUACAAGGCUCAGUGUGCAGGUGCAUUUCAAGCAAUCACUCAGAGACAGGAAAACUCGGAAUUGGCAGGGAGAUUUAUUAUUAAAUUGGAGCAAAUCUCUCAGGACGAAUUGCACCUCUGCCGCCGAUACAGUGUAAUGCUAGCAAGAAUAUGGCGAUCGCGGAACUCUCAACUGGAACUCCAUGAUGGCGUUGUCUCACGACCCCGACUGGCAGGUCACAAGGUUCCUGCUACUGUUGACUCAAAUCGUAGUACUGUUUCUAUGGCAGAUGGCGUGAAUUCCCAGACCCCAUGGCCUACGGAUAGAGGGCAAAAUCACUGGAACUUCGCCCUACACGAAUGGGACCAAGGAGCCAUGGACACAAUGCAGUAUAACACUCAUACCGCGACAAUGCCGGACAUAGAGGGAUACUUUCUUGGGUCGUUCUUCCCCGGAAUCACUGGCGUUGAUUUUGAAGACGAAUUUGGAGAAAUGGGAUUGUGA